AUGGGUGACUCCGGGUUAUCUAAAAAGCAGAUGGUCGCAUGGGCGGACCUAGUUAAGUGCCAUGAGUGGCACGUGCCACCGUAUUGUUUCUCUGUCGAAGAACGGCGAGGGAAACCCUCACCGAUGGACUCACACGAGUCAUCGCCACCGUCUGUCAGCCGAGACUGGUUCUUCCCCUCCCCAUCCCCCUCCUUCAUCCACUCCUCCUCCGAUCAUCUACACAAGACUCCUACCAGAAGAUUCUCUACCUAUCCUAGACCUUCAUCAUCUUCUCCAGCCUCCUCCUCUCAUCGUGACGUCAAGUAUGCAGGAUUCUCACGCCGUACCAAUUUCUCUCGACGCUAUCAAAGAUCCCCAGCGCCUGAAGUUGCUGUUUCAUCACUCGCACAACAAAUUCCCCAAAAAUUGCAUGUUUCCGACGACAAAACUUCCAUUCGGAACACGUUUAUCGACUUGGCUGGUGGUCGGUUGAAAUUCCGGUGGCAUAUGGCGUUUCUAGUCGCUCUUCUGAUCACAACCUUUUCUUCUCUGCUGCACAAGAAUAUUUCUUUGCAUAAUCAGGCCAAUGAUCUUCAGGCCCAGAUUAUAAAGCUCAAUGGGAGAUUACAAGUCUGCAAUUUACUGGAACCUAUGGAUUUUGAUGAUUUCAACUCCCAAGAAACCAUCAAUCUUCCCAACAAGAGUUUGAAAACUAUAGCAUUGGUUGUCUCAGUAACACUUCUUUCUAUUCCUUUUGUAUUUCUCAAGUAUGUGGAGUACAUUUCAAAGUCAAAAUCACCAGAUAAUUUAAAGGAAGAGGCAUCCUUGAAUAAGCAGCUAGCUUAUAAGGUAGACGUGUUUUUAUCAGUACGCCCAUAUUCAAAGCCAUUGGCAUUGCUGGUGGCAACUCUUCUACUUAUUGGUGUUGGUGGGUUGGCACUCUUUGGUGUUACUGAUGAUAGUUUGGCAGAUUGCCUUUGGUUAUCGUGGUCGUUUGUUGCUGAUUCAGGAAACCAUGCUAACUCUGAGGGAGUUGGUCCAAGGUUAGUUUCGGUCUCCAUAAGCUUUGGUGGGAUGCUUAUAUUUGCAAUGAUGCUUGGACUUGUUACUGAUGCAAUAUCCGAAAAGUUUGACUCACUGAGGAAAGGAAGAAGCGAGGUGGUUAAGAAAGACCACACGUUGAUUCUUGGUUGGAGUGAUAAAUUGGGAUCACUGUUGAAUCAACUUGCUAUAGCAAAUGAGAGUUUGGGUGGAGGGAUUGUGGUGGUGAUGGCUGAGCGAGACAAAGAAGAGAUGGAACUUGACAUUGCUAAAAUGGAAUUUGACUUUAGACAAACAUCCGUCAUAUGCAGAAGUGGAAGCCCGUUAAUAUUGGCCGACCUAAAAAAGGUAUCUGUCUCCAAGGCACGUGCAAUAAUUGUCCUUGCUGAAGAUGGAAAUGCAGACCAGAGUGAUGCACGAGCUUUGAGAACAGUUUUAAGCCUAACCGGAGUAAAGGAUGGACUUCGAGGACACAUUGUGGUGGAGCUCGGUGAUCUAGACAAUGAGGUCCUUGUUAAACUUGUAGGUGGGGAUCUUGUUGAAACCGUUGUGGCACAUGAUGUAAUUGGUCGUUUAAUGAUUCAGUGUGCUAGACAGCCUGGCCUUGCACAGGUGUGGGAAGAUAUUCUUGGGUUUGAAAAUUGUGAGUUCUACAUUAAAAGAUGGCCACAGUUGGAUGGUAUGCAUUUUGAGGAUGUCUUGAUUAGCUUUCCGGAUGCUAUCCCUUGUGGAGUAAAGUCGGUCUCCUGUGGGGGGAAAAUUAUCCUUAAUCCUGAUGACUCCUAUGUUCUACAAGAAGGGGACGAAGUGCUUGUUAUAGCGGAGGAUGAUGAUACAUAUGCUCCAGUAGCAUUACCAACGGUGUGGAGAGGAAAUCUACCUAAGGAAUUCAUUGGUCCCAAUUCCAUGGAAAAGAUACUUCUGUGUGGUUGGCGGAGAGAUAUUGAAGAUAUGAUCACGGUACUGGAUGCCUUCCUAGCACCAGGUUCAGAGUUAUGGAUGUUCAAUGAAGUUGUGGAAGGCGUGAGGGAACAUAAGCUCAUUGAUGGUGGUUUAGACAUUGAGCGAUUGAUGAAUAUAACAUUGGUUCAUCGUGAAGGCAAUGCUGUAAUACGUCGUCACCUGGAAAGCCUUCCAUUGGAAUCUUUUGAUUCAAUCUUGAUUCUGGCUGAUGAAUCAGUAGAAGAUUCAGCAAUACAGGCUGAUUCAAGAUCUCUUGCUACACUGCUAUUAAUACGUGACAUCCAGGCUAAGCGUCUUCCAUACCGAGAAGCCAAGGCUACUCAAGGUCGCAAAGGUAGCUUUUCACAAGGUUCUUGGAUAGGGGAAAUGCAGCAGGCUUCAGAUAAGUCGGUUAUAAUUAGUGAAAUUCUUGACCCAAGGACCAAAAAUCUAUUAUCUAUGUCAAGGAUUAGCGAUUACGUUCUAUCAAAUGAGCUUGUCAGCAUGGCGUUGGCAAUGGUUGCAGAGGAUCGUCAAAUAAAUGAUGUCCUAGAGGAGCUUUUUGCUGAAGAGGGGAACGAGAUGCACAUAAGGCAAGCAGAUCUAUACCUUAAGGAAGGCGAAGAGCUGAGUUUUUACGAAAUACUGUUGCGUGCUAGACAAAGGAGAGAAAUAGUAAUCGGGUACCGUAUAGGCAAUGUACAGAAAGCCAUCAUCAAUCCUCCAGGAAAAUUGGAGAAACGAAGGUGGUCGGUGAAGGAUGUUUUCGUUGUUAUAGCCGAGAAGGAAUGAUAACGGUUUCUUAAACACGUCAUUCGAUUCGAAAAUCUACAAUUGGAGCAUCCUCAGAUGCAGCAUUGCUCUAAGGCAACUUGUUACUGCACAGAUUCUCAGCAUAUAUACAUUUGGACAUAGUUUCUCUUGGGGGAAAGAAAGAAAUAUAGAUUGGUGGAAUAUUUUUGGGGUUUUCAAAUAUAUGAGUUUGGUUUUUUUUCAAAGAAACAUCUAUAAAACCAAAUAAAUUGUAUCCA